CCCGCGCAUGCGCUGAGCAUCGACUGUUGGCGCGGUUGUGUCGCCCUGCAGUCGGUUGUGAUGUCCGCGAGCGAAUGGGAGGCGCGGGCUGGGCGCGGGGCGAAGCUCGCGUGGCUGACGACUCUGACUUCGAGACCCUGAAGCAACUCCUCGCUUCCGAAGACGGCUGGAGCCUGGAGUAUGAAAGAGAUGGUGUUAAAGUAUGGGCGGAGGAUGCGGCCCAUGGCGCGCUUCGGACUGUUAAGGUGGUGGCAGAGUUCGAGGACGUAUCGCCGGAUUCUUUGUACGAUGUGCUCCAUGACCCGGAGUACCGCUCUGUGUGGGACACGCACAUGCUGGCAGCUGAGGACGCGGUGUCAUGCCCGGCGCCGCUCAAGAACCGGGACUUCGUACUGCAGCGCUCUUGGCUCGACACCGGCUACGAGAAGAUGAUCCUCAACCAUUCCGUCUACCACAAAGACUACCCGCCUAGGAAGGGCUACGUCAGAGCUGUGUCACUGUUGACGGGCUUCGUGGUGCGAGCGCGGGAGGGCGCUGGCAGCUGGCUGGGAUACGUCUCCCGCUCAGAUCCGCGCGGCGCGCUGCCCGCCUGGCUUGUUAAUAGGGUGACAGCCCAGUUAGCUCCUCGUCUGGUGCACCAGCUGCAGGCGGCGGCGCGCCGCUACCCCGGCUGGAAGGCCCUCACUGACUCACCGUACUUCAAGCCCUGGAGGAAUCCUGAACAAGUACCAUCCUACAGAAUCUCCAUUGAAGAUUGCAUAGAUCCGGACGCACCUCCUCCCCCUUCAGAACCGAAACCAAAUACAUCAAAGGUUAAACUUGAAGUGCCACAACCCAAAGAAGCAGAAAGUCACAGCAUCGAAGACUUGGGAGACAUAUCAUCAGAGUUCAGCGUAGAAGUGGAAGAAGAAGUAGAUCAUGCCACAGAUCCUACUAAAAAGAGAGGGAAAUUUUAUAAAUUAGUGAAAACAAUGAAAAAUAGAAGGAAAAGUGUUCAAGUAGCGAAAAGUGCUGAUAAUCUACUUGACGGAAAAUCUUCAGAAGAAAAACAAGAGAAGAAGAAACCUUUUAAAUUCCAUCGCAGAUUUAGUUUGAGCAGAGGUCGAGAAGAUUAAUUAUAACUUUAAUUAAUUGUUGUGGAAUAUUUAUGCGAUGACUGUUACUGUUCCAAUUCUUGGCCCCUACAUACAUUGAAUUGCAAAUAUGCGGACAACCAACCGUGAUCAAAAUAAUUUAUAAGUGAAAGUAGAAAUAUAUGUAUUUAGUAUGAAAAAUGCAAACAUAGAACCUCUCUGUCUUGUUACAUUCCAUUAAGCAAGCUACACACCAUCAGUCGGAUUUUUACUUGUAGCUUAAAACUAAGAACUUGUACAAUUCUAACUGCUUAACAAUCCAACUGUUCAAUGCAAACUGAAGAAAUAGUCCCGUUUAUAUGUAAAUUCCAUUUUAAAUAAUACAAACACAUAACAAUAAUAAAUCGAUCGGUUCAUUUAUUGUCUAUUAUGAAAACAUUUAUGCUUAAACGAUAUGUUCUUAAAUUGACAAAUUUAUAGCAAAAACAAGCCUUUCGCAUACUAAAUAUCUCAUUGAACAAGACAAAAACAAUUCACUUAAUAAAACUUGUAUUUUACUACGUCCUAAAUGUACGCAACAAACUGCACUGCAGUGACAGUUGCAUGAAAUAUCGCUAGCUACUGAUCUCUAUAACUGUAGAGGUCAUUACUUGGAAAUGAUUCGUUCGGACUUAAACGCAUUCUCUCUCUCUCUCUCUUCUUUUACUAUAUCCCCAAAGUGGGGCAGCGGGCGUCCACAGUACUCCGCCGCUCUGUCCUGGGCUCUGCGUUAAUGUCACGGACCGUGAUUUCCUUCAAGUCGGCCGCUACUGAACUCCGAGUGGAGUGGAUCUCACAAGGAACAAGAAAGCGUGGCCGCCCUAAACA